AUGAGCGAUUCCAAUAAAGAAGGAAAGGUGGAUAAGAAUACCCUCUUUGUAAGAGGAAUUCCAACUAAUGCUUCCAAAGAACAGUUGUCCGAUUUUUUCUCCCAAUUUGCUCCUGUGAAACAUGCAAUCAUCGUCACAGAUAAAGCUGAAGAUUCCAAAGGGUUUGGAUUUGUCUCCUUUACGUCCGAAGAUGACUCCGUGUUGGCUCUUGCAGGAGCCAAGGCAAAGAAGUUCAACAAGGUCCUUUUAAAGGUUGAUAUUGCCAAAAGAAGAGAGAGAAAGGAGAAAAAAGCUAGCGGAGAGAUUGCUCGUGAAAAACCUAAAUAUGAUAAAGAAUCGAUUGAGAAAAGAAGACCUCGUUUGAUUGUCAGAAAUCUGCCAUGGUCCGCACGAAGUUCACAAGACUUGAAGGAAGUGUUUGAGAAGUUUGGCAAUGUCGUUGAUGUGAUUAUUCCUAGAAAAGCCGGAGGUAGAAUGAGUGGAUUUGCAUUUGUUACUAUGAGAAAGCAAUCAGGCGCCGAGGCAGCAGUUGCCGGAUCAAAAGAUCUGAAAAUUGACGGCAGGGAAGUACAAGUAGAACUGGCACUAGAGAAAGAAAAGUUUUUGGAAAAGAAAAAGGUUGAAACGAAAGAGGAGAGCGACGACGAGGAUGACGAUGACGAUGACGAUGAAGAUGAAGUCGAUGAAGAUGGGGAAAUUGAAGAUGAUGAAGAUGAGGAUGAGGAAGAUGAAGACCAUAAACCAAACAGACAAACUCCAUAUUGUAUUUUCAUUCGUAAUCUUCCCUAUGAUGCCUCGGAAGAGACGCUUCAAGAACAUUUUGAGAAGUUUGGUCCUAUCAGGUAUGCUUUGCCGGUGGUUGAUCAUAACACAGGACAAGCUAAAGGAACGGGAUUUGUUGCCUUUAAGAACUCUCAAGAUUAUGAAGACUGUCUUCUGAACGCUCCUAAACCAACCUCCAACUCUGUUCUUCUUCCCGAUGAAGUUUCUCCCCUCUAUGUUUACCAAGGAAGAGUAUUAUCCAUUGCACCUGCUGUUGAUCGAGACAGUGCAGGAAGGCUAAUGGAGAGAAAUGAAAAAAAGCGUCAAGAAGCGCUUGGAAAAGGUGAAAAGGACAAAAGAAACAUUUACUUGUUGCAUGAGGGAAGAAUAUCUGAAAACUCCGUGUUGGCUAGUUUGUUAACCCCUGCAGAUUUAAAAGCCAGGGAGGAAUCCUAUAAACUUCGUGUACAACAACUAAACAAAAACCCAACAUUACAUUUAUCGUUAACCAGGUUAGCUAUUAGAAACUUGCCUCGUGCAAUGACCGAAAAAUCGUUGAAAGCUCUAGGUAGGAAGGCAAUUGUCGAGUUUGCUACCGAGUUGAGACAAGGAAAACGUAAUCCAUUCAGUAAAGAAGAAUUGGUUAGAUCAUCCAAGCAUAGGUUUGAAAUGGAAGGCGGUAACUUUCAAGAAUUGCUUGAUGAAGCUACCACUGGACAUGCUUCUGUGACCCUUCAGAAAAAGAACAAGAAGAAAGGUGUCGUCUUACAGUCUAAAAUUAUUACGGAAGUCAAAGGUACUGGAGAACAAGGUAGGUCUAGAGGUUAUGGAUUUUUAGAAUACAGGGAUCAUAAACAUGCGUUGAUGGGUCUUAGAUGGUUGAAUGCACACUUAGUAACUCCCGAGGAAAUUUUCGAAGGUCUAAAUGAGGACGAGAAAAAAUCUAUAAAUAUGGAAGGAUUUUCCAAACGAAGACUUAUUGUUGAAUUUGCAAUCGAAAAUGCUCAAGUUGUCAGAAGAAGGAAGGAGAAGGCAAUCAAUUUCCGAAAAGAGUCUCUGAAGAGAAAGGCUGACGAGAUGAAAAAGACUGAGGACGAGCUCAAGGCUGAAGCUAAAAAGGCCGAAGAAGAUAAAAAGGCUGAAGAUGUCAGGCAAAUCAUCGCAGACAAACGUAGGAGAAAGAAACGACAGAAGCAUUAG